AUGGAGCCGAGCCCCUGCGUUUCCGUGCCCUGCCACCCCAGGAACGCCAGCGCUUCGGCCAACGCCACCUUGGAAGCCCUUGGCAAUGCCAGCGACCUCUUGGUCACCUCCUUCCUCAGCUGCAUCCUGGCCACGAUGUGCCUGGUUGGCGUGGUGGGCAACAUCUACACGCUGGUGGUCAUGAACAUCUCCGCUAGGUUCACUGGCUCCAUGUACGUUUAUAUCGUCAACUUAGCCCUGGCCGAUCUCCUGUACUUAUCCACCAUCCCCUUCGUGGUCUGUACGUACUUCGUGAGGGACUGGUACUUCGGAGACCUGGGCUGCAGGAUCCUCUUCAGCCUCGACCUCCUCACCAUGCACGCCAGCAUCUUCAUCCUCACCAUCAUGAGCACCGAGAGGUACCUCGCCGUCGUCAGGCCCUUGGACACCCUGGGCAGAUCGCGGGACUGCCGGCGGACCCUCACCUGCCUGGUGUGGCUGGUGUCCUUCAUCCUCUCCCUGCCGACCAUGAUCCUCAUCGACCUCCGCAUCAGCCACCGCAACGGGGUGACCAAGCGCAUGUGCCACCCCACGUGGCGGAUGGAGACCUACAGGGUGUAUCUCACCAUCCUCUUCCACACCUGCAUCCUCGCCCCGGGCCUCAUCAUCUGCUGCCUGUACAUCAAGCUGGCUCGGACCUACUGGAGGUCUCAGGUGGCUUUUUCCAGCACCAAGGAAACGAGCAGAUGUCCCAAGCAGAAAGUCCUCUAUAUGAUCUUCAGCAUCGUGCUCGCUUACUGGGCUUGUUUUGUACCCUUCUGGCUGUGGCAGCUGUUCAGCAUCUACCGCUCGGAGCCGGGGCGCCUCGCCAGCAGCACAGUUGUCUACAUCAACUUCCUGGUGACCUGCCUGGCCUACAGCAACAGCUGCAUCAACCCCUUCCUUUACACCCUGCUCACCAAAAACUACCGGGAAUACCUGCGCAACAGGCACCGCAACUUCUACAGGUUCACAUCCUCCUUCCGCAAGAGGGGAUCCAACCUGCAGUGCUCCUGGGGACGGUCCAUGUCCUCUAGCAACCAGUACGACUACAGCUCGGAGGCCCUGGGCAUGGCCACGCUGAAGGACAAGUGAGGAAGAGGAGGUGGUCUGGAGACAUCAGGACCAGAAGUGCAUCUGUCCAAGGUAGGACUCUGAAACCCCCUAGCCCAGCAGGGUCCUAAAAACUCGUUUCUGGGGGCCAUUCUAGUUAUAGUGCAAUAAGCUGUGUGAGCCCAAGUACUGUAAAACGCAUUUGAAUUUCUGUCUGGCUCAGGGCUCUGCUCCUACGCGCUGGGGACAAAUCCUUCCAGCGCUUUGGGUGCAGAAGAUGAGGUGGACACUUUAUUUUGCUCUUUGACAAACUCUGUCCAAGCCUUGCCGAGUUCUGCCAAGCUCCGGCUCUGCACCGGUUUCCCUGUAUGAUUUCUCAGUGCUGUCCUCAGGCAACAGUUGGGUCAGAUCUGCAAGAGUCUGAAAUUGUCCUGGUCUUACUGAAUUUAGCUGCAGGCCUUGGUUUUGUCCUGUAUAUUACCGUUAUCUGUUCAUAGGGUGUGUGAAGAGACCUUUAAGCCCUUUUUCUAUUUCCUGUUACAUUACAGCAUGCUACAGUUUGAUCAAGCUUAAA